GGUGUCACCCGGUUUAUGUUCCGCCGCCGCUGGCCGUCAGCCUACCCGCUGCUCGGCGCUGAUUGCCGGGGAUGCUGCCUGCCGCGCUGCGGACAGGGAUGGAGUUGAGCCCCAGAAGCAGCCAAGUAUCGGACGGAGUUUGAGACAAAGGGAGGGCGGUCGGCGUGAGGUUAACCGCCUGAACUGGUCGCCCGGCGGGCUUUGCCCCCUUUUUCUAGACGGAAAUAAAUCCAUAAAAAAGUCCCGGUGAAGAUGAAGCUGCUGAAGCCGAGCUGGGUGAGCCACAACGGCAAACCCAUCUUUUCAGUCGACAUCCACCCAGAUGGGACAAAAUUUGCAACGGGUGGACAAGGGGAGGACUCUGGGAAGGUGAUGAUCUGGAACAUGGCGCCCGUCCUCCGAGAGGAAGAUGAGAAGAACGAGAAUAUUCCCAAAAUGCUCUGUCAGAUGGACAAUCACCUAGCCUGCGUUAACUGCGUGCGCUGGUCCAAUAACGGGCUGUACCUGGCCUCGGGAGGAGAUGACAAGCUGGUGAUGGUGUGGAAGAGAGCAGCGUUGAUCGGUCCGAGCACCGUGUUCGGGUCGAGCAGCAAGCUGGCCAACGUGGAGCAGUGGAGAUGUGUGACCAUCCUGAGGAACCACACCGGAGAUGUGAUGGAUGUGGCGUGGUCUCCUCACGACGUGUGGCUGGCCUCCUGCAGCGUGGACAACACCAUUGUCAUCUGGAACGCACGCAAGUUCCCAGAGAUGGUGACUUGCCUGCGCGGACACACCGGACUGGUCAAAGGUCUGACCUGGGACCCGGUCGGGAAGUAUAUCGCCUCCCAGGCCGACGACCACAGCCUGAAGGUGUGGCGGACGGUGGACUGGCAGAUGGAGGCCAACAUUACCAAACCCUUCAGUGAGUGCGGCGGGACGACCCACGUCCUUCGCCUCUCCUGGUCUCCAGACGGUCAGUACCUGGUGUCGGCCCAUGCCAUGAACAACUCGGGGCCCACGGCUCAGAUCGUGGAAAGGGACGGCUGGAAGACCAACAUGGACUUUGUGGGCCACCGUAAAGCCGUCACUGUGGUGAAAUUUAACCCAAAGAUCUUCAAGAAGAAGCAGAAGAACGGCAGCUCCCCGAAGCCCAGCUGUCCGUACUGCUGCUGCGCCGUGGGAAGUAAAGACCGCUCGCUCUCCGUCUGGCUGACCUCACUGAAGCGCCCCCUAGUGGUCAUCCAUGACCUGUUUGAUAAAUCCAUCAUGGACAUUUCCUGGACACUGACGGGUCUGGGGAUGCUGGUGUGUUCCAUGGAUGGCACCGUGGCCUACCUGGACUUUUCCUUGGACGAGCUGGGAGACCCUCUGAGUGAGGAGGAGAAGAACACCAUCCACCAGAACAUCUACGGGAAGAGCCUGGCCAUCACCAACACCGAGGUCCAGCUCUCCACCACCAUCAUCGAGAACCCAGAGAUGCUCAAGUAUCAGCAGGAGCGCCAGAACUCGGCCCAGAACAAUGGCGGUGCCGCCGCCGCCGCCGGGCCCGAGUCCACGGCGCCGAAGGUGAACAGCGUGAUGAACGGGGAGUCCCUGGAGGACAUCCGGAAGAACCUUUUGAAGAAGCAGGUGGAGACGAGAACGGCGGAUGGAAGGAGACGGAUCACGCCGCUCUGCAUCGCUCAGCUGGACACCGGGGAUUUCUCCCCGGCUCUGUUCAACAGCGCCCCCAUCCUGCCGUCCGGCUCCUCCAUGUCCAAUCAGCUCGCUCCGCAGCUCAACUCGGACUCCAGCCCGGGUCAGCCGUCCUCUCUGGGCACACGGCCCAACCAGGACGGUGCGCUCACCUCGCCGCCUGCCAACAGCGCCGCCAAAGCCCUGGAGGACGAAAAGGACGGGCUGAAGUCCAGUCUGCUGCUCACCUCGGCCUCCAAGAUCGAGCCAAUGAAAGCCCUGGACUCCCGCUUCACAGAGAGGUCGAAGGCCACGCCCGGUAUCCCGUCGGCCAUCUCCUCCACAGCCGGACUCGCCCCUCUGGAAAGGCCGAAGGACCCCGUCUCCGCCCUGAAGGACGCCAAAGCCAAAGAAGAAACAAGCAGCGACAGCGAAGACAAGAUGGCCGCCAUCAACAAGAACCUGUCCUUCGCCAAGAGGAAACCAGAGAUGCUGCUGGACGGAGGGGAAGUCGUGGAGAAGAGGAAGAAGGGACGGCCCAGGAAGGACAAGAUGGCCGCCACCAUGGCACAGCCGUUCACCCAGAUAACCCCUCCUCCUGCGGAACGAGAGCUGAGCCGAGCCGUCGCUCCUCCACCUGUUGCAGUGGUCCUCAGGCUGCCCACCCCCACCCCCCAGAAGGCCUUCAGCCUGCAGGUGAGCAUGGAGCCGUCUGUCUACCUGGAGGUGGAGAACGAGGUGUCGGUGGUUGCCGGUUCAAAGCUCAGCCAGCUUCGCUGCUCCAGAGACGGACGGGACUGGAGCACGCUGCUGCCCAGCGCUGUGCUGGCGGCUGCAGGGAGCAGCGAUGUCCUCGCCGUCGCCUGUGAUGACAGGAUGUUGUCUGUGUUCUCCUGCUGCGGGCGGCGCCUCCUCCCUGCCAUCCAGCUGGCCACGCCCGUCUCCGCCCUGCAUUGCUCCGCCCACUUCGUCAUGGUUCUGACCGCCGGAGCGACGCUGUCUGUCUGGGACGUCCAGAAGCAGAAGGCUCUGGUGAAGAAUGAGUCUCUGCAGACCCUUUUAUCAGGUGCUGACACCACGGUGUCUCAGUCUCUGCUCACCCAGCAGGGCGUCCCGGUCGUCGGUCUGUCCAACGGAAAGUCCUACUGCUUCAGCCUGUCUUUGGAAACAUGGACUCUGAUCGCAGAUAAAGGAGACUCUCUGGUCCAGUGCGCCGACUUCAGAAGCUGCCUUCCUUCCCAGGAUGCAACUGGGUCCUCGGGUCCGCUGGCGGUGGUGCAGGGACGCAACCUUAACGCCGGGCGGCUGGCGUCCCGCCUGUCGUCCACGCCGCACCACCUGCAGCAGAGCAUGACGCUGGCCUUCCUGGAGAACCAGCUGGCGUCUGCCCUGGCUCUGCAGUCGUCACAGGAGUACCGCUACUGGCUGCUCAUCUACGCCCGCUUCCUGGUCAUCGAAGGUUCUGAGUAUCGACUGAGGGAACUCUGCAAAGAACUUCUUGGUCCGGUCCAUAAAUCAGCCUCUUCAUCCUGGCAGCCGUCAACUCUGGGUCUCCACAAGCGGGAGUUGCUGAGGGAAGUUCUUCCCGUCAUCGGGGAGAAUCUGCGCUUUCAGAGACUUUUCACGGAGUACCAGGACCAGCUGGAGCUGCUGCGCAUCAAAUAGACCCAGACUGACCCAAACACACUGAUCCCCGUCAGGUUUGGCCCGGCCCGGCCAGACUCCCACCGCCUCCAUGGAGUCCUCCUUCAGCUCAGGUGUUUGGUGGGACCUUCAAACAUGUCUGCCUCGGUUUGGACGCCGGGCCUCUUCAGAACCCGUCACGCUUCUUUCCAGGUUUCCCUCUGACCGGACCUUCUGACUCUGCUCUGCGUCUGCUGGUCCGUGACCUCGCCACGCCUUCUGGGUUUUUACAUCAUGACUUUCUGGAGUUAAUAUCAGGGAGACGGUGAGUUCUGGUCACAUCCUGCUGCUGUUCUGGGCAGAACGUUGGAACCAAAGGACGUCUGUGAUCUUUGGAGCUCCUGGCAGAGAAGCUCAAAGAGUUUUUACAGGAAGUUACGCCUGAGAGCACUUAGCUGGGUCCUCUGAUGGGAGCCAGUUCUCCCACAGCAGACGCAUGGUUCCCACCACUUCCUGGGUGCUGAUCUGAACAUCAUGUAGAUGAAUUAUAAGGUGAAAGACGUGAAGAAACCUCCGUUUAAAAUCAGGAAGUUCAGAAAUAUUCAAGGUCUCAAUCUUCAUCAUGAAGCAUCAGUGGAGAUGGAAACAUCAAAACAUCUUUAAAUCAUUUCUCUCAUUAAUGUUUUGGUUUGUGGAGCGAUUAGAAGAACGGACCUGAGAUCAGAAACAGUUCUGCCACCAGGUGGCAGCAGCGCUCAGUGUGUUGCGGCUUGAUCGCUCCCCCCAGCUGUGGACCAACCGCUCCUUCCGUUAGCAUCGCUGGUUUCUCCCACUGCUUCUUCUUUCUGUUUUACCACAUUUGUACAUUUGUUUUUUUCUGUUUUUUAUGAUUAAAAAAAUAACAGAAAUUUUGUUUUGGAGCAAAAAUGGAAAUUAAAAGCAGAAUUGAUGAGUUUGUUAA